CAGGCAUCAGGCAUCACGCACAGUACAACACUUCAAAUUUCGUUCCUGCAUCGUGCCCUCCCCUCGAGCUCUGCCCCCAUCCUCAUCUUAGCUCUCUCUAAUCCAUAGUACCCCUUUUCAUUCAAAGAAGGAAUCUGAUGAAGACUCGGCGCAGCACGAAGAAGGGGGGAGGGCGAAAGGACAAACAGAGGAAAGGCACAACACCACCUGAUCCACUUCCAGGAUCAACUAAGGUGGCGACAGCAGCUCCUCCAAAGGAAACUUUUCCGCGAUGCCUACAUGGAAGAUCCACCACCACACCACCUGAUGUCUUUGCCAAGCAGCAACAGUUUUUGAAUGAACUUCCAAAGGCUAUACUGGAAGAUCCAAUGGAGCUUGUUGAUAUUAUUGAAAAGAAAAUUUGGAAACAUCCUGAGGCUGCAUCUCAUCCAGACACGGUGUCAUUGGCUAUUUCUCUUGCAACGGACUGCCUCAUAGGUACCAGGGUAAAGCCGGGAAAGGCUCGUAUUCACACUUUUGCUGCCAUACAUCUGGCGCACGCUCAAAACUCCGGUUGUAGACUUGAGGAAAGCUGGUAUGAUUCAGGGGAUGAGUGGGCAUAUUCGAAAUACAAAGGUCAACUUCAGGCAGCAUAUUAUAGGCAAGGACACUACCAAAAAGACGCCAUUCGAUUCAUGGCAAAAAGAAUUCCCUGCCAGUGCCUCAAUCCAUACAAGAAGUUUUUGAAGAAGAUAUCUGAUAUGGGAUCGUGUGACAACUGUGGAGAAACCUUCGACCGCAAACGAUUGCGUUGCUGCUCCCUUUGCCGGGUUUUUCAGUACUGCAGCCGAGAGUGUCAGGUAUCCAACUGGAAGGAACAUGAAUUCAAUUGCAAGCUCUAUCGAGGAGAGGAAAAGUUUCGGCGCAAAAAGGAAGCUUCACCCAACCUGUGCUUCCAUGGAGGCACUACUGUCCUUGGCGAUGAAUGUAUGAAAGAGGUUUGCCAGCUGUACAAAGAUCUAUUGGUUAUAGAUGGGGCCUACGACACAAUGACAAAGGUGGAAGAAUUAUAUUGUACAAAGAAGCAUGUGAUGGAAAAUGCGACCACAAUUCCAUAUGGACUCCAGUUGGCCACCACCGCUGUGCUGCGAUUGAAUGCAGAUGAGGACAGCUUGAUAUGUGCUAAGUGUGUUCUACAAGUGACCUCACACAUGACCAAUGGAAGUCUUGCUGGCAAAAAGACUGAUGAUUCCAGGGAGAAUGAACUUCUUAUCUCUACAACCUUUUGCCGCAUUUACCACAGGAAAUUCAGCUCCAAGCGGGAUAUGAUCUUGGCGCUGGACAGGAGGAUUCCUUGUGACUGUUUGAAUCCAAUUAUACAAAGAAUUUUGAAGGAGCCUGAAACAAAGGUGUGCUUUGGCUGCCAAAAAGAGAUGGAGGAAAUCUACACAUGUGACCGAUGCAUGUACGCUCCAUAUUGUUCCCGAACAUGCCAAGAAGCUGAUUGGCCCAAGCAUGAGAUGGAGUGCAACGUGCAUUGUGGAAAGAUGACUUGCGCUGAGGCUCACAUUGCGGAACAACAUGCAAAAGGAGAAUUGGCAGAGAUGGAGGAGCUAGACUAGCUAGCCAGCAUAGAUUGGAUUGGGCUAGCAAUCGUUGUGUUGUGGUUGUGAGUGUCUGGAGCUUGCCAAUCUAUGCCCUUGUCACCAGUUUGUGUUGGUUCACGUCGGCGACUCUUCGCGCGAAUGAUAGGCAUGGCAACUUCUGAGGCCGUAAUAACUAACUAGCUAGCUACAGUAACCCGU